AUGACAGAGUUUCAUGUUAUUUUUCAGGAAGAAUAUACUCCUUUCACUCCAUAUAUGCAUAGGUACCAUGUACCCUACAGGGCAUCCCAGAGUACAUCCCCCCUUUGGUAUUCUAUUAAGCGUGCAUCGGCAUAUAUCAUUGUGUUAUCUUCUUACUCUGCCUAUGGUAAAUAUACUCCACAAUACAAAUGGCUUAAGCAACAGCUCCCCAAGGUUAACAGGGCCGAGACAGCAUGGCUAAUCAUUCUCGUUCACUCUCCAUGGUAUAACAGUAACAACUACCAUUUUAUGGAAGGAGAAAGCAUGAGGGAACGAAUGUCGAAUGUGCAGUACAAUGUUAAAGAUGCUUCUGCUCCAAUUUACAUAACAAUUGGCGACGGGGGAAAUAUAGAAGGCAUGACUGAUAGUUUUAUAUACCGACAACCAAGUUACUCGACCUAUCACGAAGCAAGCUUCGGGCAUGCUUCCUUAGAAAUUAAGAACAGAACUCAUGCCUAUUAUACUUGGCACCGUAACUAG